UGCGCGUUUGAUAGUCGUAGAAGGGGCCGUAUUCAAUAAGGCGAUUUAGCCAUCAUUGCUUCUUGAACUUCAAGGCGCAAACAUGGAAUAUACAAUGCAUAGAUAGGCUAUAGAUAUAAUGGAAAGCGCACACACGCGCGCACUCACUCAUCCGCCCCCUUUCUCUCUCUCUCUCUCUCUCUCGUGUUUUCCCCACACACCUCAAUAACGGUGCGUGCGAUAUAUUUGUGCAUAUAUUUUUAUGCACGGGGAUACAUUUUCAAUGGCUUUCGGCGAUCGUGGAUUAUAAAUUAUAUUUUUGAACAGCGGUGGAAUAUUGGCUACCAUCGACUCCAAUUGUGAAUAGCGUAUUCCUUAUUUUCUGACUGGUGUGUGGUAUUUUUGUUGCAUGCCGAGAGACUGUCAAGACUCGAAGACCACGUUCAAUGCCGUUGGAACAUGUCCUAUGUUCCCUUUCAAGAUGCGAGGUGUGCCGUCCCCCCCUCCUAUCGCCCCCAUGCCCCUUCCUUUGCCGCUCCCUCCUACGACCGCCCCGACUGGAACCCCCGUCUCUGCGUGAUCUCCGGAAAUCAGCUCUACAUGUUGGACCAGGAGGAGGUACACCCUUUGUUGAUGCGCGAGCGGCGCUCCGAGUUGCACAGGAACAAGCUGCUGCGGAGGACAGUCAGCGUUCCUGUUGAGGGGAGGCACCAUCCAGAGAUGGAGAACGCUCGCGCCCGGCGGAAGAGCAUAGCCAACGUGAAGCAGCCAAGCAUGGAGAUCCCUCCCACUGCCCCCCCCCAACCUUUCCGACAAUCCAGUUUCCUCAGUAGAAGGUUGAAGGGCUCUAUCAAGAGGGCUAAGAGUCAGCCCAAACUGGACCGCACCAGCAGCUUCCGACACAUGAUCCUCCCCCGCUUCCGCAGUGCCGACCAGGACAGAACGCGCCUGAUGCAGAGCUUCAAAGAGUCCCACUCCCAUGAGUCCUUGCUGUCUCCUAGCAGCGCAGCCGAGGCGCUGGACCUCACCCUGGACGAGGAUGCCAUCAUCAAGCCCGUCCAUUCCAGCAUCCUGGGACAGGAGUACUGUUUCGAGGUGACUACGGCUUCGGGAACCAAGUGCUUUGCAUGUCGCUCGGGUGCAGAGAGAGACAAAUGGAUCGAGAAUCUUCAGAGAGCUGUCAAACCCAACAAGGACAACAGUCGGAGGGUGGACAACGUGCUGAAACUCUGGAUCAUCGAGGCGCGGGAGCUUCCUGCCAAGAAGCGCUACUACUGCGAACUUUGUCUGGACGACAUGCUUUACGCACGCACCACCAGCAAGCCCCGGACUGACACCGUGUUCUGGGGCGAGCACUUUGAGUUCAACAACUUGCCAGCCGUCCGCAACCUACGCCUUCAUCUCUACAAGGAGACUGACAAGAAGAGACGCAAGGAAAAGAGCACAUACCUGGGACUGGUCAGUAUCCCCAUCUCCAGCAUCACGGGCCGACAGUUUGUGGAGCAGUGGUACCCGGUCAUCCAGCCUAGCAUCCUGGCCAAGGGGCAAGCAGGGGGCAAGAUCAUCAAUGCCUCCCUACGCCUCAAGUCCCGUUACCAGACCAUGAGCAUCCUGCCCAUGGAGCUGUACAAGGAGUUUGCCGAGUAUGUUACCAAUAACUACCGGACUUUGUGUGCGGUGCUAGAGCCUCUACUGAGCGUGAAGAGUAAAGAAGAGGUGGCCUGUGCGCUGGUCCACAUAUUACAGAGCACGGGGAAAGCAAAGGAUUUUCUUUCAGACAUGGCGAUGUGUGAGGUAGAUAGAUUCAUAGACCGAGAACACCUUAUCUUCAGAGAGAACACUCUGGCCACCAAAGCCAUAGAAGAGUAUCUCAAGCUGAUUGGACAUAAGUACCUCAAGGAUGCAAUAGGGGAGUUCAUAAGGGCGCUGUACGAAUCAGAGGAGAACUGCGAGGUGGACCCCAUGAGGACACCACCCUCUGUCCUUCCAGAUCACCAAGCCAAUCUCCGUAUGUGCUGCGAACUGGCACUCUGCAAAAUCGUCAACUCCCAUUGUGUGUUUCCUCGAGAGCUGAAGGAGGUGUUUGCCUCGUGGAGGGUGCGCUGUGCAGAGAGGGGGAGGGAGGACAUCGCAGACCGCCUAAUCAGCGGCUCCCUUUUCCUGCGCUUCCUGUGUCCGGCCGUCAUGUCCCCCUCCCUGUUUAACCUGACCCAGGAGUACCCAGACGAGCAGACGUCGCGCACGCUCACCCUCAUCUCCAAAGUGGUGCAGAACCUGGCCAACUUCUCCAAGUUUGGUAUGAAAGAGGAGUACAUGUGCUUCAUGAAUGAGUUCUUAGAGAUGGAGUGGGGCUCCAUGCAACAAUUCCUCUAUGAGAUCUCCAACCUGGACAGUGUGAGCAACGCGGGGGGUUUCGAGGGCUACAUCGACCUGGGCAGGGAGCUGUCCAUACUACACAGCCUCCUCUGGGAGGUCAUGGCCCAGCUCAGCAAGGAUGCCAUUAUCAAACUGGGUCCCUUGCCCCGCCUCUUGAAUGACAUCAGCAUGGCCCUGCGUAACCCCCACCUGCAGAGGCAGCCCAGCCACCAGAACCAGACAGAUAGAGUCCAUGAGAGACAGACGGAGAGGCUGCUCUCACGACCCAGCUUCAACAGGGGAGUCUCCUCGGAGUUCCAGAAUCUCAUGAUGAAGGAUCUCAACAGCUCCAUAGAUAUCACUCGCUUGCCUUCCCCUACAUCUGGUGUGUCCGGUGGGGGGGUCAUGCCGUCUCGUGCUCAUCCUCAGCUGAGUUUCCAAGAGCGUGAUCACCCACAUCGAGCCUCCAAAGACGUUUUCUAUGUAACACGCCCUCCCUUGGCCCGAUCCAGCCCUGCCUACUGCACCAGUAGCUCCGAUAUCACCGAGCCAGACCACAAGGACUCCACAAUGAACAGCGUGUCUAACCUGCAGUCGGUGGCCAUGCUCAACUCCUCCCAGGCCUCCAUCACCGGCAUGGGCAGUUUCGGAGGGCUCAGCAGCCAGGGUGGAGGAGGCCUGGGCUCGGGCCUGAGUGGUCAGCUCCGGGCCGGAGGCCGCCUCUCGGCCGGCUCGGGGGGAUCCAGCAUGUCAGGGGGCCUCCGGCUGAGCCAGUUGAGCCAGAUGGGCACCACCACCGACUCGCUGUCCCAGCAGCAGCAGCAGCAGGCCGCCGCCCUGAGAUACCCACUCUCCUUCCAGAACCCCCUGUUUCACCUGGCCACCGGCACUGCAGAUGGACCCCACCUUCACCACCAGCACAGCAGGGCCCAUCUCCCGCCGCCCCUGCUCCUGGCCCCGGAGCCUGACCCCGGUGGCUCGCACGAGGCCUACAUCCCCCAGUUCGCCCACGGGGGGUUCUCUCGCAGCGAGGACCUGUCCACCCUGAGGACCGGGGCAGGGCACCUGGGGCAGCCAGCCAUUAUCCACUCACACAGCUAUAGCGACGACUACAGCAGGGCUGAUUUCGCACGGCGGCAACUGUCCAUGCACGGGCAGGAUAAUCUUCAACAGCAACAGCAGAUGGGCAUGGCCUCUCAGACUGGUACCUCCCACUCCUCCCUGGCCACACCCCCCUCCACAGUCCAGCCUGUGCGCCAGAGCUCCAUCGCCCCGCCUCCCGCUCAACGCGUCAAAUCACAGACCUCCCAUCAGCUGUCUGUCAGUGCGGCUGCUGCUCCCACACCAUCCGCUAAGACGCGACCGCCCAGUGCCAACCUAUCACCAGAGUCGGGCUACGGAGGUCGGCAACAGGCACCACGGCAACAGCUGUCGGUCAAAGACAACACAGCCCCUGGACUGCCCCACCAGCAGAGCUCUGUCAGGGAGAGCCAGGGCCCCCAGGGGCCACAGGGAGGCACUACAACCACCAUACAGCAAUCACAGCAGCAGCAACAGCAACCACAGCAACAGCACCUGCUCAAACCUUCCAUUAGUAAACAGGGUUCCGGGCAGUCGCCCUCGACCCUUAACCCCCCGACCCCGGCCAAUGAGAGAACAGUCGCCUGGGUCUCCAACAUGCCUCACCUCUCCGCUGACAUUACUCUGGAGGCUAACCGCAUCGACCGUGAGGAGUUCAAGCUGAAGGAGUACUCCAAAAGCAUGGAUGAGUCUCGCUUAGACAGGGUAAAGGAAUACGAGGAGGAGAUCCACUCCCUGAAGGAGCGACUGAUCAUGUCCCACAGGAAGCUGGAGGAGUAUGAGAAGAGGCUCCUUUCCCAGGAGCAGCAGACCAGUAAGAUCCUCUCACAAUACCAGAGUCGCCUGGAGGACAGCGAGAGGAGGCUACGGCAACAGCAGGUGGAGAAAGACUCCCAAAUUAAAGGAAUAAUCAACAGACUUAUGGCUGUGGAGGAUGAGAUAAGGGGAGGAGCCAUCAUUGAGCCACCAAAAGCUAACGUUAGGGUCUUCGCCGAUCAGGGGAGGCGCCAAUCCAUCCUAGUGCAGCCCCGUCUCGCGCCCGUCCCACCCCGAGUACAAAGGGGGCCCAGCAUUCCUCCCUGGGUUCAGCAGACCCCUGUGUGAAUACUGAAGGUGGAAGAGUGGGAGGAGGAGAAAAAGAAGGCGAAAAAGAAGGAGGGAUGACCACUGAUCCUGACCCUACUAUCUCUUCCUCGGGCAUCUCCUCCACCAGCUUGCCCCGGAAUGAGAAUGGAGUCCCCUCCCCACCCGUAGACCCUCCUCCUCCCCCCACUCCUCAUCUCCAUCCCAAUCCACCCCAGAAUGGAGAGCUCCGUGGCAACCCUACAUCCUCCCCAGUGACAAGCACGGAGGCAGCUGAGAGCACUACAACAGCAGGACUGGGCAUAGAGGAGAGGGAGCAGGUCAAAAACAACACAAAACCAAAUCAGAGAGAGAAGACACAAAUAAAAAAGUCUUGCCACAUUUCCUUCCUUUUUUGAGGAGGAUGAGAUGACUGCAAUCUUUCCAGUUUAUUUGAUGUGUACUCAAACCAGAGAGAGAAGAAAUGUGUAGGGGGCAGCAGUCAUUGUACAUUUAACUGUACAGUACGUUCAGCAUUAUCACACAAGACAACAAAAGGGCUUUCCAAUGGACCUAAUUUCCGUCAUGCUCAAACUGGGCUUUGGUCAGUAUCUGUCUUGCAGGACAAGAUAAUGAUACCUUUUAGUUAUCGUUGACAUUGUGGGAUCCUCAUGUACUGUUUCAAUCAAUCAAACUAUAGAGCCUAUAAAACACUGGUAUAGGCCUAAUCCCCAAACCAAGCAACUAUGUGAGAUUUUGCUUUGUGUGUUUGUUUAAUCAAAUAAAGACAGUAAGCAAACACUAUAUAACAUCUCACUCCCUAAAGACUUCUCAGUAGCCAAUAGCAUCCUACUAUAUACAUGCGUGUAGUAUCCCAUAAUUCCAUCGAUAAAGGUCUUGUCAUUUCCUGUCCUGAAAACUCCAGCUCUCAAAUUUCAUUGGUAGAGAUGUGGUCAUCUGGCUUUGUAGUUUGGUUUCCUUAGUGCCUUUGAGUGUAUUUUAACAGGGUUUUCAAAUAACAGGCGGAGAUGAUAUUGACAGAAAGAUUAUAUUAUUUGAUGAUAGUACAUAAGCAGUCUUAUCAAGAUCCCAAAAUAACUAUGCUUUUUAAAAUGCAGACUAACUACAGAGUGCAGAACAAGCAGAAUACGGUUUCAUUUUUGGGAUUUCACAGACAUGGCCUAUGGCCUAAGGAAAGUGUGUGAUGUUUUCAAAAAUGUGUUAAUUAAGGGACUUCCCAUUCGUGGACUGGACUCGUGCAAUGUUUUCUCUUCUCAAUCUCAGAACCUGUGUGUGAUCAACUGGUGCUCCAGACACAAACAGUGCCAUCUCCAAAUCAAGUGUGUGUGUCAUAGCGCUGCCUUUCAUGUUUCCCACGGUCUGUAUGUCUGUCUCUCUCACUCUGUCUGUUAUUGUCAAGGUAGCCUAUUUCUUUUAAGUAUUUGUCUGUUUGUUUGUUAUGUGUGUGUCGUGUCCCUAUGUGUGCAAUUGUUUAAUGGAGUGGGAGCUGGGUCCAGUAGGGUUCUUAAACCAAAUGAGACAAUAGCAAAGUUGUCAGGUAAAAAGUUUACCGGCAAUUUGAAGUGGUUGUAAAUAUAAAAGGAAUGCUAUUUUUGGACCUUCAGUGUCCAGGCAUAUAUCGUAGUCACUUGUAACACCUAGUACACUUCCAAAAUUGUUGUCAUGGCUUUUUCUGUUUAGUACCAAAACAGAUUUAUUUGAUUCUUAUUUUGGGGUAGCCAGUUAAGUCUAGCCUUAAGUGCCUGGGUCUCAGAUAAUCACAUUUUGGCCAGUAGUCAAACAGUGCUCAGCCAAAUGUAUAUGUGGCAUAGACUUUCUUCAUGUCGUUUCGAGGGACUGUUUUAAGUUAACGUAGCUGAGCAUGAUGAAUGCUGAUGUAACAACAUUUUGAGAAAACAAAGUUUGUUGGGGGCAUUGUUAGUAAAGAGUAUUUCAAAUCUAAAAUAUGUUACACCGUGCGCUUAAAGGAAUUGAUUGCUUUGUGUCACCUGUUCAGAUAUCACCUGUCAGUGAAUACUGUGAUACUGUGUUGUCAUGUCCUCUUGUUUUGUGUAUAACUUGUCCAUUGUAAUCUUUGUUUCGAUGUGAAUUUGGGUUUAUUUUGGCCCUUUAAGAUUCACACUGGUGGUGCUUUAUAACUAGUUGGAUAACAUUCCUUAGCUGGCUUAGCGUCUCAAGAGCAUUAACAUGCUUCAGACAGUCCUGGUUUUGCAGAACCCAACGUCAGUCUUAUUUAACUCUUGUAUUUGAUUAAGAGUCCGUUUACUAAGGGCCAUAUCCUAACUUGAUUUAUAUUUUUGCAGUUCUCCCAUUGGCAUUAUGCUUUACGAGUAAGUCUGAGUUUAACAUGCAGAUCUCAAGUUAGGAUUUGGCACUUAGUGUAUAGGGUCAAAAUGGCUCUGCCAAUGCUGUGUCAAAUCAGUACUAGGGGAUUAGCCAUAACGUAGAGUGGGUGAGAUUCAGAGAUAUGAGAGAGAUUUAGCUAUGAGUGUUGAAUUAAAAGUUAACCAAAUGUGAUUAUUAAUAGGGAGAGUUUGAUGUAGUUAGCUUAAGUCAGCUAAUAGGGCUACCUUUCGAGUGCCAAAACAUUCAUAUCAGUAAUAAAAUGUAUUUUAAAGCAACUAGGGCUUUACAUCUGCAUUGAGUAAAGAUGUGGGACUAUACAGGGUCACUGGUUGAUAUAUGAGCAUUGCCAUUAAUAUACCUCAGAGACGCAGAAUUGAGAGACUCAGGUAAACAAAUAAUUGCCUCAGAGCUGAACGCAAACUGACAGAGAUUAAUCCAUCUUUGGAGUGACUGCCAUCAGAUACAGUGGUUGGUCCAUCUAUUACAAGAUCUAUCCCACUGGGCAAAAACUGGUUGAAUCAACAGUGAUUCCACAUCAUUUAAACAAAAAGUGAUGUGAUGUAGUUAUGAAUUUCAUUAGGGACGUUAGGGAAUGUAGUAUUUUUUUCACCCUACUUUUAACCUAAAUCCAAUGACAUGGAUUAAAUUCACUUUAGUUGACAAGUCAACCAAAUGUAAAUCAAAAUUAGACAUUGAAAUGACGUCUGUGCCCAGUGGGAUGGCUAUGAUUGGAUAGCAACUCAUCAAGCACCUCCCCGUUCCUUCUCUCUCUGUUUUCCUUUUCUCCUCUUAGCCAAUCACGCAGCUUCGUGGAGGACAAUCUGGAACCUAAUUGGCUGAGGCAACAUGGGCAGCCCGCAUGGCCUGGCCAUAUAUCAAGAGCGCUCUCUCGUGAUGCGAUUGGCUGACAAAGGGAGAAGUUGGGCCAUUGGUCCAAUUCUCCUGACCUUAAGGAUAGUCCAGAGCCACAGCUGACCAUGUAAGGAUCUGCUGUGUUAUUUAUCCUACUUUACUUGGGCCCUCUCUCUCUGAUUGGAUGGCUGGACAAUCUGUAUUUGAUGCUUGUGAUUAGAUGUUUGAUUUUCUUUUAAAGACGUGCCAAUCUCGGGAAAUGGUUUUGUUGGCUCAUCAAGCAUGUGAAGAACAGUUAUGCAGAUUGACAUGAUAUUAACCUUUUUGGGAUUGAGCAGUAAAUGAAAUGAGGGAGAGCUACUGUGUGUAAGAUGCAUUUCAAAGGUGCUGUAAUCUUUCUUUCCUUACAUUUUUCAAUGAUCUCACAAUGUUUCUUGCAAUUUCUCCUUCCUAACAUUUUCUACAGUCCACCCACUAUCUACCCAUUUCUCUUUCUAUCUAUUCUUAACCAUUUUCAACCACCUCAGUUUAUGUUCACCCCAUUUAGACUUUUCUGCUCCUGUUCAUAUCUCCCAUGGUUUCGGUUUUGUUCUUUCUUCUUUAUCUCUAUUAGUUUUACAUUUAAAGGAAACUAAUUAUGCACAGCCUAUUACAAGUGAAACUGCUACAAAACAAAAUAUUGCUUCAAUUAAAACUUUGAAAAAUGUAGACAAUGCUAUGAUUUAUAUUUCUAUAAUAAUGCUUAUUCUUCCCGUAGUACUACAAAAACUAUUCAUUGGAAAUCUUCCUGUGCAAAUGUUUAUUUCUUGAUAAUGACAAGACUCUAGUAUCUCAUGACAGUCCAGAAAUGAUCGAUUUUGUAUCAACUGAGUUUUCUUAAGACAAUCUUAUGGAACAUGACCCUUUUGUGGAGAAAGAUUGCCCUGGGAUUGUGACGGAAAAAAACACAAACUGUUGUUUUACCUGCUCCCCUCACAAUGAUUUGCACGUUGCAGUGACCUGUACCCCUCCACUUCUCUCUUGUAAUCCCUGGAAGAGAGAUGCGAGGAUGGAUGUUGUUUCUCUACUUGACAAUCGCUGGGGAGUUCUCCAUUUUACAGACGAUCUAAAAACUCCUUAGAAGAGGACAUCCUUACCAUCAUGUUUUUGUUUUCCUAUUUCAGUCUCUGAUGUAAGCUUAGUGGAGCAGACGCGAGUUUAUCAUGUUUUUCCAGUGUGGUGAGACCGAAUUCUGGAGCCUAGUUUCUGUAUAACUUCCAUUUGAUUUCUUUGUAUGGACUCCACUGACACAGAAGCUAAAUAAAACCCUGUGCCCUCCUUCGCCUCUGACCACUGAAAAAUGACACAUCAAAAGAGCGAGAGAUUAGAGGUUAAUACCUUUUAAGUGAUUGAAUGUGUGUGUGUAUAUACAGUGUGUGUACAGUUUUUGUGUAUAUACUGGAUAUGUGUGUGUAUAUAUAGUAUGUCAAUGUGUAUAUACAGUUUGUUUGUAUAUGCAGGGUGUACAGUUUUUUCCUCAAUCCUCUAAUCUCUCUCCCUUUCUCGUAAAUGACAUAUUUGACUCCUCAAAGAGAAAUGUUGGAGUAGAGAGGUUCACACUGGCAAUUUAAAGGACAGCUGUCUGGGAUGCACUUUCUGUGCAGACACUGACCAAUCUGACACCUCUGAACACCUACACACCUAAUUAUGCCUCUCAAAACAAUCUCUGGCUUGCACUCAUUUUCUCAUCAACUGAGGCAUUUUUAAAAAUGAUAUUUGGGUGACCAAGCAAUGUUUGUACAUAUACAGUAUAUAGAAUAACUAAGAUAAUAUUUCCAGUGACCUCCAUCUCCUUUUUUAAAAUUCCUGUAACUAUUAGGAUUCUUCCUUGUUAUUUGAUUUAGGUUUUACGUUCUCUACAUUAAAUGUUUGCAAUGGUUGUCAUUCUGAUGUAUAUAAUCCAGACAACCCUUAUCUAAUCUUUCCAAUUUAGUUCCCCGAACUCUGCCUCUCAUAGGCCCCUCUGUCAGGCUGAACAUUUGGUUCAGAUCACACUGUUACUUGUGAAGCAACUCUUCCAUGCAAGUAACACCAUGUUAUUAGCCAUUUCUUCAAGUUCUAUUAAGUGUGCCUCCAACUCGCCAACCCUCCCUCACCCUUGAACCUUCAACCCCACAGGUCACUCAUAGUCAUACCCCUUGACAAGCCAUAGUCCCCCAACCCCUCUAUUUUUGUUUUAAAAAGGACAGACAUUCGGGGAUUUGUGUAUAUUAAUGGAAAGAGUGAUAUUGAAGAGUGUAUUGCCAUUGUACAUGGAUUUGUUAUGAAUGUGGAUAUUCUAAUGAUUUAACUAUUAUUGUAAUAAUGAUUAUGAUUAUUGCCACUUUGAUUUUGUUGAUUCAUUCCUUUGAUGCGGUCAAUAACAAUUCCUUAAUUUCAUUUUUGAAUAAGCCGGAAUUUAUAUUUUUCGGGUGGGUGAAUCUUGGAGAUAGAAAUACUUAAACAAAUGAAUAAUAAACAAAUAAUUAACUUCUUAAAUUAAGAUGUGAUAUGUAUUUUUUGUAUCAUUCCUACAGAACAGUCACCACAGUGAAAAAUAUCUUGAAACUCUUACUAGGCCUGUUGGCCAUUUAUGAGGCCUAUUCUGGGGUCCAAAUCAAGAGAUUACAGAAUAGGUUACAGAAUCAUCAUUAGAUUAUCACUGGACAACCAAAGACGCAGUAUGCCAGUAAGAUCAUAGUAGUCGACGUUACCAUAACCAAUCACGUUUGCAAAUAUUAUUUGCUGAGGCUGUUGGUGCAUUUCAUGUGAGAUAAAAGUGAGGACUAGUCUUUUUAGUAAGCAUUCACACCCCUUGACUUUUUCCACAUUUUGUUGUGUUGCAGCCUGAAUAUAACAUGGAUUCAUUUGAGAUGUUGUGUCACUGGCCAACAAACAAUACCCCAGAAUGUCAAAGUGGAACUAUGUUUUUAGAAAUGUAUUCCACACCUUUGUUGUGAAAAGCCUAAAUUAUUUCAGGAUUAAAAAUGUGCUUAAAAAGUCACAUAAUAAGUUGCAAUAAUAGUGUUUAACAUUAUUUUUGAAUGACUACCUCAUCUCUGUACCCCACACAUACAAAUGAUUGUAAGGUUUCAAUCUCAAUCUCUGCGGUGAAUUUCAAACAGAGAUUCAACCAGAAGGACCAGGGAGAUUCACCAUGAGGCCAAUAGUGUCUUUAAAGCAGUUACAUAGUUUAACUGUGAUAUAAGAAAACCAAGGAUGGAUCAACAAAUUCACCUUUCAGCAGGACAAUUACCUAAAACACAAGGCCAAAUAUACACUGAAAUUGCUUACCAAGAUGACAUUGAAUGUUCCCGAGUGGCCUAGUUACAAUUUUGACUUAAAUCGUCUUGAAAAUCAAUGGCAAGACUUGAAAAUGGCUGUUUAGCAAUGAUCAACAACCAACUUGACAGAGCUUGAAGAAUUAAAAUAAUAAUAAUGUGCAACUAUUCUACAAUCCAGGUGUGCAAAGCUCUUAGAGACUUACCCAGAAAGACUCACAGCUGUAAUAACUGCCAAAGGUGAUUCUAACAUGUAUUGAGUCAGGGGUGUGAAUACCCAUGUAAAUCUGAUAUUUCUGUAUUUCAUUUUCAAUAAAUGUGCAACAAUUUUUAAA